ACUGAAUCUGCUAGUGCAUCCGAGUGCAGAAAUUACCGUAUGCUCGAUGGUAAAGAUUGUUGCAAUUAAUCGAGGCGGACAGGAUUUUGAAGGAAAUCAAGGAGAAUAAAUCCGCCAACAAAUCAUGAAAAGUGAUCAUCGAGGUUUACAUAGUGUACAUGGGAAAUCUUGUCGCAACGAAUCGAUCAGCUGAGGCAUACCACACUAAAAUGCUUGAAGAAGUUGUUGGUAGCAGGUUUGCGGCGCAAUCCUUGGUGAGAAGUUACAAAAGGAGUUUCAACGGCUUUGCAGCCUAUCUCACACCACAAGAACACGAAAAGUUGGCUGGUCACGAAGAAGUUGUAUCGAUUUUCCCUAGUACGACUUAUAAGCUUCAAACAACAAGAUCGUGGGAUUUCAUCGGAUUUCCGGAAAAUGUCACUCGAAAUCCCACUAUCGAAAGUGACACCAUAAUUGGUGUCAUUGAUAGUGGAAUUUGGCCCGAAUCACAGAGUUUCACCGACAAAGGUUUCGGCCCCGUUCCUAAGAAAUGGAAAGGAGUUUGCAGCGGAGGAACUAACUUCACAUGCAACAACAAAAUAAUAGGGGCUCGUUACUACAACACUAUGUCACCGAACGAUACAACUGCCAGAGACAACGUCGGCCACGGGUCCCACACAUCCUCUAUAGCGGCCGGGGUCCCCGUGAGGGGGGCUAGUUUCUACGGUAUAGCGGAGGGGACCGCCAGGGGCGGGGCCCCCUCCGCUAGAAUCGCGGUGUACAAAGUUUGCCACAAGGACUCGUGCGGCGCGGUGGACUUACUAGCUGCGCUGGACGAUGCUAUAGCAGAUGGAGUUGAUAUAAUCACGAUUUCACUCGGUGGAGACCCGUUGGAAUUGAAAUCCGACGUAAUUGCAAUUGGAUCGUUCCAUGCAGCACAACACGGGGUUUUGGUGGUGCAAUCUGCUGGAAAUGGAGCGGCCAAAGCUACUGUCGCUAGUGUUGCGCCUUGGAUUUUCUCCGUCGGUGCUAGUAGCACCGAUAGAGGGAUUAUUACCAGAGUUGCCCUUGGAAAUGGAUCUAUAUUGACUGGGAAAUCCGUGAAUUCGUUUGACUUCGAGGGGAAAAGUUUUCCGUUAGCGUAUGGAAAAGAUGUCACAAUUAAAUGCAACGAAAGUAGUGCUAUGGAUUGUGCACCAGACUGUAUUGUGCCAAGUCUAGUGAAGGGCAAGAUUGUCCUAUGCAGAAUGUACGACUUCACGUUCGAAGUGUACAAUGCUGGGGCCCUCGGAAUUAUUUUCAACGAGGAAUCGUUUUUACCGGAUAACGAGGUGGACGACGAUUCCGACGUUGCUCCGAUUGCUGCAAUUGGUUUGAAAAGGAAAGACUUCAACGUCGUCGAAGGCUACUUCAACUCCACAAAAUCUUCGGAAGUGAACAUUUUGACCAGUGAAACUACGAAAAAUCUUGACGCCCCUCGUGUGGCCGGCUUUUCGUCGAAAGGACCGAGUACCAUAAUUCCAGAUAUUCUCAAGCCGGAUAUAACAGCACCUGGCAUGGAAAUCCUUGCGGCAUAUUCGCCACUAGCUUCGCCGUCGGAAUACGAUUCCGAUCACCGGUCGGUGAACUACAAUAUAAUAUCCGGAACAUCAAUGUCUUGCCCACAUGUCGCCGGAGCAGCUGCUUACGUAAAAUCAUUCCGCCCCAAUUGGUCGCCAUCGGCAAUCAAAUCAGCUCUUAUGACGACUGCCAGGAAAUUGGAUCCGACAAAGGAUCAAUAUGCAGAGUUUGCAUACGGUGCGGGUCAAAUCGACCCGAUAAAGGCUGUGGAUGCGGGCCUUGUGUACGAAACAUCAACACAGGAUUAUAUAACAUUUCUCUGCAACUUAGGAUACGACUCUGCGACAAUUAAGAAUAUGUUUAAAGCAAACACCACCUGUCCGGCGAAACCGGCGACGACGAUCAAGGAUCUGAACUACCCUUCGAUGACCAGUCAAAUCAAGACUGCCAAAGGAAGUAAAAGUGCUGUAACUUUUUCGGAGAAAUUCACGAGAACGGUGACGAAUGUCGGAGCUGGAAAAUCGACGUACAAGGCGACGGCGAGCGCGGGCCCCGGUUAUAAUAUAUCGGUGACACCUAGUGUUCUGACAUUUGCGGCGACUAAUGAGAAGAAAACGUUUGAAGUUGUUGUCAGUGGGAAGAUUGAUUAUGGGAAAAUGCUUUCGGCUUCGUUGGAAUGGUCUGAUGGUGUCCAUCUUGUUCGCAGUCCGAUCGUCGUUUUUCCGGAUAAUUUUUUCGAUUCUUAGACGGAGUUAUUGAAUAAUUUUUUUGUGAUUUUGAUCAUUAUCGGAAUCGAUUAUAUCAUAAUACUGAAAUUUGGGUUUUAUUUCU